AUGGUCAAUAUGCUUCGAUACACUCUUGUCCUAGCACCUCUUCUGGUGACAGCACUUCCUCAAAUCGCACCCCGCGACGAUGUCCCCAGCUAUUGCGUUCCUCCCUUCAAGACUGACGCCGACCAAAACUACGUCUACGUCGAUAAUACCGGCAUGUGCGAGGAAACCGGCGACUGCAAGAACGCCUGUGUUACCUUUAUCCGAAGCACUGCGUGCUCAGGCACUGGAUACGACGAUCAGCAGAUCACAAAGAUCCAGAAGGGAAUCUAUGAACAGAUUGCCAAGGAUGGGUUCACCGAGUCUACUAUUGUAGACAACUGGACCUUUACCUUUGUCGGUGGCACCACCGCCUUCCCUAACCAGGCCGUUCGCGCCGAGUUCAAUGCCGGAACCACUGUCUUCAAGAACGAUGGCAACACCUUCUUGCCCAGCAACAUUUACUUCACUUCUGUCGAUGACGCUGGAAAACAUUACAUCAUCCAGGGCACCAACGUUUGUUAA